CACGAUGGAAUUUAAAGCGAACUCUUAGGCCAUAUGCUGCCAUUUUGCGGAUAGCACAGCGUUAAGUGGCACUCUUCCAAUCGGCAUAUGGCUAUGUGGCGCCUAAUUUAAAUCAUUAAACUAAGCAUUGAAAAGUAAUAAAUCGAUACGACUUUCGUGCGCAUCCAUCAAACAUUUUGCGUCGCGUCAAGUAAAUGCUUUCGAAGCGUCAUCGACAACAAAAACAACAAACCAAAUUUGUAUCAAACACGCAUAACAACAGUGUAACGGACGCCUCAGUCAUGCAGUACAACACAUUCGCUUCAACUUCACCUGUCAUACCCUUGCAUCGCUCACCUGUGGCUACAGCGACGUCAAUGGCGUUACUCAAAAGCCUGCGCAGUUUACGGCAAUUGCUGCUGCCACUCAAUAUCAUCGUCAUCAUCACCUUCGCAUCGUCGACGAUCAGCAUGACGCAGGCUAAGCACCUGUCAGGCAAUGACAUGGUUAGCAGCGACGUCGUGACGCUCGACGAUGUCGCAUAUUCCGCCUCUAUGCCAUCAGUCUCCUCCUCCUCAUCCUAUUACGGCGCUUAUCAGAAUCAACGCUUCGCUAUGGAGCCACAAGACCAAUCGGCUGUGGUGGGUGCUCGUGUAACGUUGCCGUGUCGCGUCAUCAAUAAACAGGGAGUACUGCAGUGGACCAAAGAUGAUUUUGGUUUGGGCACCUCGCGGGAUUUAAGUGGUUUUGAGCGCUACUCCAUGAUUGGCAGUGAUGAGGAGGGCGACUACUCGUUGGAUAUUUAUCCGGUGAUGUUGGACGAUGAUGCGCGCUAUCAAUGUCAAGUGAGUCCAGGUCCUGAAGCUCAGCCGGCGAUUCGUUCUACAUUUGCGACGUUAACGGUGUUGGUGCCACCAGAGGCGCCAAAAAUUACCCAAGGUGAAGUGAUCUACACGACGGAGGAUCGAAAAGUGGACAUUGAAUGUGUGUCGGUGGGCGGCAAACCAGCAUCGGAGAUAACGUGGAUUGAUGGACUUGGAAACGUUAUAAUGAGUGACAUUGACUACACUACGCUGCAGAUGCCGGAUGAGCGACGCUUCACCGCUCAAUCGACAUUGCGGUUGACACCGAAAAAGGAACAUCACAAUACGACAUUCACAUGUCAGGCGCAAAAUACGGCGGAUCGCACAUAUCGGUCGGCGAGGAUACGUGUGGAGGUAAAAUACGCACCAAAAGUUAAAGUGAGCAUAAUCGGCGGUGCGUUGGAGGAUGGUCGUAUACCGGAGUUUGCACAGGUGCGAUUGGAGUGUAAAGCGGAUGCCAAUCCCAGUGAUUUGCGUUAUCGUUGGUUCAUCAACGAUGAACCAAUUGUUGGUGGGCAAAAAACCGAAAUGGUCAUUCGCAAUGUCACCCGUAAAUUCCAUGACGCCAUCGUCAAAUGUGAGGUACAAAAUACCGUGGGAAAGAGUGAAGAUAGUGAAACGCUGGAUAUAAGCUAUGCUCCCAAUUUUCGUCAGCGCCCACAGUCGAUCGAAGCAGACUCAGGUACAUUAGUAUCACUAAGUUGCGAAGUGGAUGGUAAUCCAACGCCAGAUAUUGUAUGGAUCCAACAUCCAAGUGACAGGGUUGUUGGCGUCAAUUCUAAUCUCACCUUCACCGUUAGCAACGAGACUGCCGGUCGUUACUAUUGCAAAGCAAAUGUGCCUGGCUAUAAAGAGAUCACCAGCGAUGCGUAUAUUUACUUAAAGGGCUCGCCCACCAUUUACUCUCCGGCCUACCAAUUUGGCUGGGUGGGUGAUACGGCGCGUAUCGAAUGUUCGGCUACUUCGGUACCUCGUGCACGUCACGUCUCUUGGACUUUUAAUGGACAUGAAAUCAGCGCUGAAUACGGGCACGACUAUUCAAUAUUGGUGGAUCCGGUACCGGGUGGUGUCAAAUCGACUCUGAUCAUUCGUGACAGUCAAGCCUAUCAUUAUGGCAAAUACAAUUGCACUGUGGUGAAUGAUUAUGGGAACGAUGUGCUGGAAAUCAGUCUACAGGCGCAAAAAACCAUAUCGCCCAUGAUGAUCAUCAUCGGGGGUACCUCAGUCGUCGGCUGUGCCAUGAUUCUCAUAAUUAUCAUCAUCGUCUAUUUUAAAUGCAAGAAGCGCACCAAACUUCCACCGGCCGAUGUAAUCAGCGAGCAUCAGAUCAGUAAAAAUGGCGGUGUAGCUUGUAAAAUGGAAGCCGGCGAUCGUACUUCCAACUAUAGCGACCUCAAAGUGGACAUUUCCGGUGGUUAUGUACCCUACGGCGACUACACCACACACUAUAGUCCGCCGCCGCAAUAUCUCACCACCUGCUCCACCAAGUCGAAUGGCAGCUCCACUAUACUACAAAAUAAUCACCACAAUCAUUUACAACAACAACAUAUGCAGCAAACACUACAACACCAUCAACAAACUCCACCACCACAAACAGUGCCAAUGAGUUUCCUAUCGAACGGCAGUGCGAGUGGCAGCCUCACGAGUAGUAUCGUCGGUUCACGCGAAAUACGUCAGGACAAUGGUUUGCCGAGCUUACAAUCGACAACAGCGUCAGUGGUGAGUUCGUCGCCAAAUGGUAGUUGCAGUAAUCAGAGCACAGCGACACAUGUCAUCUCCAGCUCAGUGGCGAUGAGUGUAGAUCCACGGUACAGCGCCAUUUACGGCAAUCCAUAUUUGAGAUCAUCCAACUCGUCGUUACUGCCGCCACCAACAGCGGUUUAGGGAGUGAACAGCGUAAGUGGUUGGAAAAUGCUGUUGAUGGUGUAAGUGUAAGGAAAGACUCAUACAAACAACAUAAAUAGUCGCGUAGAAUUCAAAGACUGAUCUCAAAAGCAUUAAUAAUUUUGUGAACGGCGCGCAAGUCGAUCGCAUUACCCUUUAGACGCCAGGUAAGGAUUAGGAUUUUUAGUUCAAGAAUAUAUGUAUUUGGAUUGUGAAC